AUGGCUGUAAAAAUACGGAGGACCACCGACGACGAAUACUAUUUGAUGGAAUCGGAAAUGACUAAAAAGCUACAGAAGUUCGCAGACGAGCGACGAAAAGAAAUCGGAGGAAUGAAUUCUAGUCGACCGACUGUAUCACUACCGCCGCCAUACGCUGUUCGAGGAAGAGAACAACAUCUCAAGCCCAAUAUGUUGCUGCUUAAAUGUACUGAAGGUAUCGAGGCGGUCGACCGAGUAAUCAUUCAACACGGAAAGUGGUUUGACCUCAACCAUAGAUCAUACUUUGAAAGAAGGCGAUUCUUUUUCGAAUCCGCGCCCGGGCUAAAACCUACUCGCCAUCAGAAGUUGAUGAAUAAUGACGAUUACCGGCUUUGGUGUUACUAUGUAGAUUAUGGUUAUCACGAGGAGGUAGAUGUCGGAGAUUUGUAUUUUCCACCUAAAUUCGCCUUUCAGUGCCCAGCGACCGCCCUACCGAUUCUCAUGGCUGAUAUUGAAAUCACAGACGAUCAAGAACUAGCGAUGGCGAGCAAGUUUUGUAGCGACAUAAACUGGAGCGUCUGUCAUAGAUAUUCGUAUCUAUUGGGCUUUGUGACAGAUAAUAGAAGUGAUCCUGAUGAAUAUCCAGUGUUCCACAUUAAACUUUUAAAGGAAACACUUGUCGACGAAGAAGGCAAUGAUUCCGUUCCGAUCGGACUUUUUUCACGGUUAGAUGCCGUUAGAGGGGGAAUGAAUGGAUGCGAGCCUUACUUUGCGGAGGACUACACUAACUAUAGGAUAGCGUCUUUUUCGAAGAAAUAUGACUACACUUGUCAUCCAAGACAAAGACGCUGA